AUGAGCUCCCGUUGGAGUGGACUUUCAGUAGAGCCGAGUAAGCCACUUAAUGCUUUACCGACAGCCGACUAUUCAAGUAUAGUUCUAUCGGCUAGCCAACCUGAGCCUGUACGUGCCGGAUUGGUUGAAGAACGAGUUAACUCCAUAGAUCCAUCUUAUUAUGACUGUAUCUACCGUCUGGCCAAUCGGGCGAACGUCAUUGUUGACCAAUGUCACAAGUCGUUAGGCUGUUGUGAAUCUGGUUGUUGCUCGAACACAUCAUGGAACGUCAAGUACGGAUUUGCAGUAGCUUUGAUAGUGUUAUUUUGCUUAUUAGUGAUCGGAGGUGUUAUCUUCACCCUAUCGUGUUGGUUGAUAAACCGAGCCAAAGACAAAAAGCUUAGGAAAGAGUUAAAUGAGAGACAAGAAAUUGAGUUUUCAUCUGCACCAACGCCAUUUUACGGAAUCUCAAACCCACCAGCUGGCAAUAAUCUCCCGCCUAUUUAUUAA